AUGGCUCAUCCAGGUGACGCAGCUGUUCCAGUUCCCUACAUUUCAAAGCUUGGCACUAAAUUGCAACCUGGCCAAACUCUUGUCGCUCAUGGUACCAUUGACCUUGAUGCAGCUGAAUUUGAAGUGAAUCUAUUAAAUGGUUCACCAAAUAUCGAAUCAUCAAAGGCUACCAUUUUUCAUAUGAAAGUUAAUUUUAAAGAAAACAGAAUAGUAUACAACACUUACGAGAACGGUAAAUGGGGUAAGGAAGAGAAAUCAUCGAAUCCGUUUAAAAAAGGUGACGAUUUCGAUCUUCGUAUACGCAUUCACGAGAAUGAACUGGAAAUUUUCGGUAAUCAGAAAGAACUUCAUACUUACAAAACUCGUAUCAAUACUGAUUCCGUGGAUUAUUUAGCUAUCCGCGGAAAUGUCUCACUAAAGGGUGUACAUUGGGGUGGUCAAUACUAUACUUUACCAUUUGAAACACAAUUCCCAGGAGGAUGUCUAAAUGCCGAAGAACGAAUUUACCUUUACGGUAUCCCGAAAGGUGAACGUUUUGAAGUUAAUUUCAUAGCAAAAAAUGGCGAUAUUCUAUUUCAUUUUAAUCCACGCUUCAAAGAAAAGAAAGUAAUACGCAAUACAAAAAUUGGUGAUGUUUGGGGAGAGGAAGAACGUGAAGGCACAUUUCCAUUUAAGAAGGAUGUUGGUACCGACAUUGUCAUACAUAAUGCACCUUAUUCCAUGCAGAUAUUUGUGGAUGGCAAACGUUAUGGUACAUUUGCACACCGUACAUCAAAUCCUGGUGAAGACUAUACGACCCUUCUAGUAGCUGGUGAUUUUGAGCUAACAGGGAUGGAAUUCAGCAUGUAA